AUGGGACUCGUUUCGCCCAUGGAGUGCCGAAACCACUUUCUAUCCAUAUACGCCUCAGGGAUACUGGCCAAUUUUUAUCACCCAGAACCUCCCAUUCCUGAAAGGGAUUUUAAUGAUUGUCUAGGAGAAUUAUGCCUUAGUAAAACUCCAAUUCCUCGAGAAUGCUGUAAGAAGAUGGGCCUAAAACCGAAGAGGGAUGACUUUGAAUAUGAAUAUGAUAACGACGCAGAAUUACCGAUUACACGGAUUCGUGUUGAUUUUCUGGAUGACGAUCACUAUCGGGGGCUGGUGCUUGCUCUAGUGGAUAUGUAUGAAGAGCGCUUGCGUAGGCGUAGACUUCAUCACGUGUUAUUGGCCAACCUUAAUUUGCUGACGCAUCUCCUGCCCCGGCUACUUCCCCAACACUACGCACCUGCUGCGGCCAAGGCAACAGCAACGAAUGGUUACCAUAGCAGCGGCCAGGCACGCGCAGCGCUUGACCAACCACGGCGCGCUGACAGUGCACUGGUCCGCAAACGUUUGGCUAUAAACCAAAGACGACGGAGGCAACAGUUUUUGGGUCGAGGAUUUCUGGCGGCUUCGCGAAUGAAGUUUCCUCUUGGACAUCAGCACUCUGAAGAUUCUUCUUCGGCCAAGAACCAACAGCCUCCUUCCUCUGUGGAAUCAAUGCAUGAUUCUGGAGUGGGGUACUCAGAAAGUCCACUGUACUCUGUACCCUCGGUAGAUAACUCAAAUGGUGUGACGAACUCUAGUUCGGUUGGAGAUACAGUUGAGAGUGAAAAAACUCCAAUUAAAAAUUGUUCUACUCCACUUUUGGAAACUGGUGCUUGCCAUCCUCCAACUGCGAGUAUCUCUAUGAGAGUUAGUAUUUCUCAAACUACUUCAACAACAAACAAGAAAUCACUGCAUACAUCCAUUUUUGAUCCCCCUUCUGCUCAGCAAGCGAAUAACUGCUGUAUUCCUCCGCACAUUGCAGAAUCAUUGAAACCCCUACUUCGAUUUCUCUCCGCCUCAGAGGCAGAUACACUGCUGAAUCAGCUGCAUAGAGAGCACAUUUUACGACAAGAAAUCGAGCAGCUACAACAGCUUAAGCAAUCCCAAAGCGGGUUUCUUAAUGAAACCCGAUUGGCUGGAUGUACGACUCCACUUUCAAAAGUUGAUUCCUCAGAAGAAGAAGAAUCUACAGAUGAGGAGCAGCGAGAGAAAGCAGACCAACAUUUUCUCCCCCGCGCAAGUAUUCCCUCAUCCACUCAUUUACGGCGCCGACGGUCCCACUCGCUCUUCACUCGCGUAAAACGCGGUGCCAAACGUCAUUCUGAGACCAUUGUUCCUCCACCUAGAGUAUGCCAUCGAACUGGUCUUCGAAGCGACAGAGGUACCAAUUCGACCUCAAAAUCAUCCAGGGGUACCAAGAGGAGGGGUAGACCCCCACUACAUCACCAAGGCAGCAGACAUCACCAAGGUCCUUCCAUCCGUACUUAA